AAUGGCAGCCCCCAUAACAUAACAAUGCGUGUGUGACUUGUAGACAUUUAAAAUAAUCAGCAUCAUGACAAAGUGGAGAAAGAAAAGAUUAGAUCAACAAAAUCAUGAAAGUAAAACUCAAACUUUUAAAUCUGAAAAGAGAAAGACCAAAUCGACGAAAUUGAAACCUAAUGGCAAAAAUGAUAACACUAACAGAGCAUGUGAUGUGAAAAAUAAAAAGGCUGUCAAACAGAAGGUCGAGAGGAAGUAUUCAAAGGGUAACAAGCGUGGUUCUUUUGUGGAGGAUAAUGAUGAAAUGGAAGUUGUUGGUCAAAAACAUCUGCAACAAAUCUUUAUACCGGACAAAGAAGACGCAGACUCUGACUCCAGCCAAGAGCUUCAGGAUACUAGAAAAUGGUUGACAGAACAGAACAGAAAAAAGAAGAAAUCUGGAGGAUUUCAAUCAAUGGGUUUGUCUCAUGGAGUUUAUAAGGGGGUGUUGAGAAAAGGAUACAAAAUACCUACUCCCAUACAAAGAAAGACUGUACCUUUGAUUAUGGAAGGAAAAGAUGUUGUUGCUAUGGCUAGAACUGGAAGUGGAAAAACUGCAGCUUUUCUAAUUCCAAUGUUUGAAAAACUCAAAACACACACUGCUAAGUCUGGGGCCAGAGGUCUUAUUCUAUCCCCUACUCGAGAAUUAGCAUUACAGACUCUAAAAUUCACCAAAGAGCUGGGAAAAUAUACAGGGCUGAGAGCGGCAGUGGUUUUAGGAGGAGACAAGAUGGAUGACCAGUUUGCUGCACUUCACGAAAACCCUGAUAUAAUCAUAGCCACACCUGGUCGUUUAAUGCACGUCUUAGUGGAGAUGGAAAAGAAACUGAAAUCUGUGGAGUACGUGGUCUUUGACGAGGCAGACAGGCUAUUUGAGAUGGGAUUUCAAGAGCAAUUGCACGAGAUAAUUCACAGGCUGCCUGAGUCCAGACAAACAGUUUUGUUCUCUGCUACUCUGCCAAAGCUACUGGUAGACUUUGCUAAAGCUGGACUUCAUGACCCAACACUGUUAAGGCUGGAUGUGGAAACCAAACUUAGUGAGCAGCUGAAGCAAUCCUUUUUCCGAUGCCGUGAGGAGGACAAACCAGCCAUUUUGCUUUAUAUUCUCAAGCAUGUCAUUGACUUAGAUCAGCUAACUGUUGUAUUUGCUGCGACGAAGCAUCAUGUGGAAUAUCUUCAUAUGAUAUUGACAUAUGCUGGGAUAGAUUCUACUUACAUCUAUAGCUCGCUAGACCCCUCUGCUCGUAAAAUCAAUGUAGCAAAGUUUCAACACAAGAAAGUGAAGGUUCUCAUAGUGACUGACCUCGCUGCCCGUGGAAUCGACAUCCCUCUGCUGGACAAUGUCAUAAAUGUCAACUUCCCGGCCAAGUCCAAGCUCUUUGUGCACAGAGUGGGUCGUGUUGCCCGGGCUGGCAGGGAGGGGUACGCCUAUUCUCUGGUGGCCCAGGAUGAGGUGCCUUUCCUCCUGGAUUUAUACAUCUUUUUAGGGAGAUCCCUAACUAUUGCCUCACAGCUUAAAAAUGUAGAAGACAAGGACGGGGUUCUGGGAGAUGUUCCACAGACAGUGGUUGAUGAAGAGGAAGAACAGCUCAGGCUCUGGCACAAGGAUCAUAUUGAUUUGAUAAACAUGAAAAAAGUUGUUGGAAAUGCCCAAAAGAAAUACCUGAGGUCUCGGCCUCUCCCGGCCAAGGAGUCCAUUAAACGCUACAAACAGAUCCAGUCUACGGAUAACAUUGGAUUGCACCCUGUGUUUGCAAAAGAGUGCAGUACGGAAGAACAGCAGAAGAAUGAGUUAUUAAAUGCAUUGAAGGCAUAUAAAGGGCACUCAACAAUUUUUGAAACAAAUACAUCAAGCAAAAACAGGAGCUUUGAUGUGAUGAAACAUAAGAGAGCCUUCCAUCAAACAGUCAUCCAAAAGAAGACGAAGCAGGUGACAGACUUGAAGGAUGCAGAAUCAGACGACAGUGAUAGAGGGGAAACAGAGCAGCCGAUGGCUGAUGAAGAAAAUGUCAAGGAAACAUUUCGAACAGUCAUUGGAGGAAAAAGAAAAGCCAAUAACAAAUUGUUUGAUCCCCAGAGGAAAAAGAAACGCAAACAGGAGAGUAUAAGAGAUGAAGAAAACUACCUUCACUAUCGUCCCAAAGACUUCCAGUCUGAACUCGGAUUAAGCUUAGGAACUUCCUUUGACAAAGAAGCGACAGGAGCUGUGUUAGACUUGCGAGAUGAGAUUAAUAAAUCUAAACCCAUGUCAAACAAGAGGUGGGACAGAAAAAAGAAAAAGUUUGUCACAACCAAUGACAAUGCAGAUGGCAAGAAAAAGAUCAGAACAGAGAGUGGGGCUAUGAUAUCAGCUUCCUAUAAAUCUCGUGCUUACAAAGAUUGGUUAAACAAAAACAAAAUGGCAAAUGCCAAUGACAGUGGAGAUGAAGAGGAAGAACGUGAAACUAACACUGGUAACCAAGACAACAGCUACAGGUUAAAGGUCAUUGGAACCAAGCGAAGAAACUGGCAUACAAAACUCAAAGAGGAAGAAGACCAGAAGAGAAAUCGGACAGAGCUGAAGCACAAGGAGGAAAUCCUCAAGCAGCGGAAAAUCAAAGCCAAGAAACAAGCUUUCCAAAAUCAUCGACAGAAACAGAGGCAGUCGCGUCAGAAAUUUAAAGUUCAAAAAUCCAGAAAGAAACACUGAUAUUGUAUAAUGUUAUGUCAUUUUGUUUUGAUCAUUUUCAUUAAAAGUGUUGGAUA